AGCGGUUCAGUCACCCGAAUGCCGUGAGCGAGGAGAGACGUGUGGCUGGUGGUUCCUCGAGUGCAGUGCGUGUGUACGUGUGUGACCCGCUGGCAAGGGAGAGCGGGGGAGUGAUGUUCACCAUGACCAACAAAGCAGUAGUGAUGUUAUGCUAAUAAUGAUGCUCUUUGAUUAUAUCCCACAACGAAAGCACGCGUUGGAAAGUACAACAAUGUGAGGACUAGCGCGCCGCCAGUUUGAAAGAAGCGACAAUGGUUUCCGCGGCGGUGGGGGUCAUGGGGCGGAGGUACCGCAGAGGCUGAGGCGGCGCCCUACGGCCCAGGGUCAGAUUGAGGCAGGAGGUGCCCACCCUAAACCUUACCCAGUGAUAUGAUGACCUCUGUCCCCACCCUGCAUGCGGCCAACGUGACUUUAGGCCAUGGCGCCGAGGCGGACCAGGAGGCGCUGGACUACAUGGACAGCCUCGCAGCCUCCUCCGUCCUGCCCUCGGAAUUCUAUUCCGGCCCACACUCCACCCUGGGACCCUCUGGAGUGCCUCACCCUUACCCCGAGGUGGAGUGGGUGGUUGGUGUGGGCGUGCGGCGGGCGUGGCUGGACAUCCUGGUGUUGGUGCUCAAGGGCCUCGUCAUGUCCGCCGUCAUCGUGGUCUCAGUACUCGGGAAUCUUCUAGUCAUAGUUUCAGUGGCCCGGUACCACAAGCUGCGUGUCAUCACCAACUACUUUGUGGUGUCCAUGGCGCUGGCGGACAUGCUGGUGGCGCUGAUGGCCAUGGUGUUCAAUGCGAGUGUCCAGCUCACCCAGACGUGGCUGUUCGGGGCCCUUAUGUGUGACCUCUGGAACAGCAUGGACGUCUACUUCUCCACUGUGUCCAUCCUUCACCUCUGCUGCAUCUCCAUAGACAGAUACACGGCCAUCGUGCAGCCCCUGGACUACCCGCUACGCAUGACGGUGAGAACAGUGAGUCUGAUGCUGGCCGUGGCGUGGCUCAGCCCUUUCUUCAUCUCAGUGCUGCCAAUCUUCCUGGGAUGGUACACGACCCAGGAGCACUUGGACCGCCAGGCCACCACGCCAGGUCUGUGCGAGUUCAAGGUGAACGUGGUGUACGCCGUGGUGAGCUCCAGCGUCUCUUUCUGGAUCCCCGGCAUCAUCAUGCUCGUCAUGUACUUCAAGAUCUACCGCGAGGCAGACCGUCAGGAGAUGAUGGUCUUUCGGUCGACGGUGGCCGCGCUGCUGCUCAACAAACACCUGCACAUCAACGGCAUGACGCGCAACUCCGUCAAGAUCACAGAUGACGCCCCGAGCAGCGCAAACGCCGCCACUGGGGACGCCGCGAAGGACCCCAAGAAGGCCCAGGGACCGCCGGAGGGAGGCGUGGCGGGGAAGGGAGCGCACCACAACGGCAUGCCAGCGUUCGAAGCCCCGUGCUCUGGAAGUUACGACGCCCACCUGCCGCCCCCAGCCAGCAUGGUGUCCCGUGUUGAUCUUCCCCAGAGCGACGAGUCAACGCCCACGCCCUCGCCAGGAAACACACCUACUAGUAAGCGCGGGAAGGGCGUGAAGAGGCGGUUCCUGGGCGUGGGCGUGAGGAAGAGCUCAACAGGCGUGGGCCCGGAUGGCAUCGUGAAUGUAGCAGCGCCAGAGGUGAAGAAGAAGCAGGCGUCGCUACACAAGAUGAAGAGGGAGAGGAAGGCUGCCAAGACCCUGGGCAUCAUUGUGUCGGUGUUCCUGCUGUGCUGGCUGCCCUUCUUCACCUGGUACAUCGUGUCCGCGCUGUGUGGCGACGCCUGUGCUGUUCCAGAGUGGCUCGUUACUGUUCUGUUCUGGAUUGGGUACUUCAACUCCACUCUCAACCCCAUUAUCUACGCCUACUUCAACCGGGACUUCAGGAAGGCGUUUCGCAAGACCCUCAGCCACUACGGCCUGGACUGCGCAGUGUGUCGUCGCUGCAUGCCUCGCAUUCGCUGCUGCGGGAAAGGUUGUGGCCGCAAGGGUCUGGCCAGGUGUGUGGGUCUGGGGGCGGGCCACGACACACCUUCCUCUGAAAUCCAGCCUCGGUCAGCCCUUAGUUCCGAGUACUGCCAUAUCGAAAUGACCACAAUCGACAAAGUAGCCAAGCUGGGCGUCGACCACUAGUGUAGCUUCGGUGCGAGGAGCAUUAAGGUCCUCUGGCUGAGUAGGGGAAAUAUUUUCUCCGCACGCGAGGGAAGGUGGACAGCGGCUUGGUACGGAAGGCGCCAUCUGGACGAGUAUUCACAGUGGCCAAAGGAAACCUAUGUGACCUCAUCAUUCCGUACGCCCUUUUGGUUCACUGAAGGUUGCAGAGAGUGGCAGCCAGAAUCAAAACACUAGAUGUCUUAAUGUGUAGUCAGACAGAGAUGUUUUCUAUUAUCCUGAUUUAAGAAUAGGCUCUAGAAACAGGGAGACCUGUUACUGGUAUGUGCAUAGUUCACAAACUCUUAGGUAUUAUUAAGAGAAAGAAUAUAUAUAUAUUGUUUUCCCAAAGAGAAUAAAUAGAUUGAUAUCGUGAGUCGAUCUCGUAGUUCCGUGUCACAUACGUAGCCGUGUUCCGUAGCGGAGGAGCAGCCUCUCUAGCGAUGCCCGGGAGUUCCUCUUGGGGUUCCUUGGCGCCGCCCACGCUACCAAAGGAGACGAGGUGGUUGGCUGAUGGCCGUAAGUAGAUGGAAAUAUAGUGAGUAACCUACGCCCUGGGCCAAUCAUCAUUAGCUUGGGCGGUGUAAGGAUCUCCCAAGAGUGAGAAAAAAUCUGUAUAGAUAACCUAGCUGUUAUUAGAUACCUAAGUGUUAGUUUCGCUGUGAUCUUAACGUUAUUGUGUCAGCAUAUUAUGCAUGUUACAAUAACUACAACAUGCCAUAUAGAUCAAUGUACAUGCACAAAAUUUAUGUCGAAACAGUAUUUUUAGCGACAAUAAAAUAUAUUCAGA